AUGAAAGAUGAAACUCUAAAACAUGUGUCUCAGUAUUCUGUGAAAGGUUGGCCAGAAAAAUCUAAGAUUCCAGAGGACGUAUUGCCCUACUGGUAUCGUAGAGAAGACAUAAGUGAGCAAAAUGGUAUACUUCUCUUUGGAAGUCGUAUUAUAAUACCAAAUUCUCUAAGAGCUAAUGUACUAAGAAGUAUUCAUGAAGGACAUCAAGGCAUAACAAAAUGUAGAUCUUUUGCAAAAUUGACUGUGUGGUGGCCUCGUAUUUCUCAACAAAUCAAAGAACUAGUAGAAAAUUGCAAGAUAUGUGCAGAAAAUCGCGCUACGAGAGCAGAGCCGCUGAUACCAACGCCUUAUCCGGACAGACCUUGGCAAAUAGUGGGUGCCGAUUUGCUGAAGUGCAAAGGUCACUGGUAUCUCUUAAUCUCAGACUAUUAUUCCAGGUUUAUGGAGAUUGCUAGACUAAAUGACUUAAAAAUGGGCACUAUUGUGACAUAUACAAAGUCCAUCUUCGCACGUCAUGGUGUACCUGAGACAGUGAGAGCAGACUGUGGUUCUCAAUUUGACUGCUGUCAAUUCAAACAACUUGGUCGUGAUUAUGGAUUUAAAUUGAUUACAUCAAGCCCAAAAUUUCCACAAAGCAAUGGUUUCAUUGAAGCGCAAGUAAAAAUGUUUAAGUACCACUUAGAAAAAAGUGAUGAUCCCUACAAAAUGCUACUUAUGUUAAGAGCAACCCCUCUAGAAAAUGGAAAAAGUCCAGCGGAAUUACUUUUCGGGAGAAGGAUCCGCACUUGUGUUCUAAUAAUGCCUGAUCAACUAAGACCUUAUCUGGUAGACACUGAAAAGUUAAGGGAAAAGGAAGAAGCAAGAAUUAAUCGUCAACAGAUUUAUUUUGACAAAAGACAUAGAGCCACAGAAUUGCCUACUCUACCUGAUGGAGCUCAAGUCCAUAUGAAGGACAGGAAUCAAGAAGGAACUAUAUUAAACAAACAUCCUGCACCUCGAUCCUAUAUAAUUCAAACGCAAGAUGGUUGUUUGCGGAGGAACAGAAGAUCACUGCAAAGAUUUAGCACUACUAUGCCUUCUGAUCACUCUCAACCAGCACUGCAGACCAGUCCUUCAGAACACAUGAUAUGGUGUUAG